AUGGACGAUCCCGGCUUGGCAGCUAACAAAGAGCAAGUGUGGCAGAAUGUCUCAAAUGCCGUCUCCCGUGACUGGGGUCUCUACGAAACUGUCUCUGUGAACCUUGAUAAAAACUUGUUGGAGUAUAUAGUGAACGAGCGGUGGCCUACAAUUCAGGGAGCUGAGCAUAGUGCUUUGCGUGCAGGCCUGGUGCUGGCGGUUCUCAUACCAUCGCGGAAAAAGUUGAUGUUGGAUGCCAAACCUGCUGCUGAGAAGUUGGUCGCCUUAGCCCAACAAGACGAGGACGAAUAUGUCCGCGCCCUGGGAACGCUGGGCGGAAAUCGAGUCAACGGAGGAAAGUUUGACGUUGAAAUUGACAGGAUGGGGCCUACAUUCGUCGAUGCACACAAGAAGCUGAAAGAGUCAUUGAGCUCCCUCGACUUCAAGUUUUAUCCCCGUGAAUUCUCGUAUCUGAAUGACCGAGUCAUUCAGUCCAUCAAAAGAAGCGGUUCGGACCACGUCGAGAAACCUGGCCUUAACAUUAAGGCCGGGCACGGUGUGCCUUCCUUGUUGGAACGCCUGAAGAGCUAUGGAUUCAAAAGAGAACCAGUGCCCUCACCAGUGAGCCCCGCAACCCCAAUGGAGAUUCCGAAAGUCUCUUCACCCACUACCAUCUCUCCAACCACUGCAACACCGAGUACACCAGCAUGGAUGCUUAGAAAAGGCGCUGGUGGUUUGAAAAACUCUGCAUAUGGCACAAGACGCACAAGUGCCGGAACCAGCGGUCUCCGCAAAGGCUUCGAACGUGAACGCAAAGUUGCCAUCCUUGGUUUGGACGAAAUGCGAAGGGUAGAAGACGCAAGAAAAGCGGAGAAGGACGAAAAGAAGGCAGAAAAGGAACGCAAACAACAGGAAAAACAACGGGAAAAACUGGAACGUGAGCGACGAAAAGAGGAAGAGAUCCAGAAAAAGAUCGAAGAGGAGGAAGAAAAGUUGGCUGAAGAGAGGAAAUUAGCUGUCGAAGAGGAGCAGCGGGCAUUGGAAGAUAAGGAAUCAGCAGUCGAAGAAGCAAAGCAGGCUGCUUUGAAUGGGCAGUCGGACACAAAUCCCAUUGACGACAUGAAUACUAUGAAUGCCCACGAGUCAGUCGAGGAGCGGCAUACAGGGCGCUUGAAGAGACGCCUCAGUCUAAGUGAUUCUGAAGAUCCCGACAAGCGACACAAAACGACAGCUAGACGGACCACACUGACACCUCCUCCAAUUUUAUUCGAUCCAUACCUUACUUCCUCUCGAGUCCAGUCUCCUGAAACUGUUUUAGGUCCAGUGAAAUCAGAAUCCCCGGAUCGUGCUGAUACUGAAGAGUCAGCGCAGACGCCAGAGCGACAAUCUGCGGAACAGACGGCGGCAGUCAUAUUAGGUGAUGCUGAUGUGAGCGUGGAACACCGGGAGAAGCUGGUGGCCUUCUUACUGGGACAGUACGAACCCCAUGCUGAGAUAUAUCGCAUUUCACUGGGUGUGGCAAAUAUACCGGGCAAAAGCGGUCGUCUGGUACCAAAGGAGGUCAUAAUCGAAUUGGAUUAUGCUGCCGCGAAAUGGUCAAAACGGGCAAAACCGAUCAAGUCAGCAAAGUAGUGAAUUGUGGCCGUUGUGAUUGCAAAAGUGCGUUUAUCAACGUAUGAUACCCCAUUCUGUGUAGCUAUAGCUUUGGUCGCAAUUUUGACAAUAGCCAUUGAUGUGAAGCAUAAACAGCAGCGCUCACUGUGACUUUGUAGACGUGAUUCAUGGCUUGAAUUUAAGAGUAUAUCCUACUCGGGACACUCCAUAUGUAUGAUCGUUGCAGCAUUUUAGCAUAUACAGUUUCAUGGCAGUCAGAAA